UUUUGCAUUUCUCCUGCAGCCAGGGCUGUACAGGAUGGAGCACAACAAAACCAGUGUACUGAGGGGCCUGCUCCUUCUCAGCCUUCUGCACCUCACACUGAGCCAUGCUGGAGUUUUCCUGGAAAAGGGGCAGGCACUGUCAGUGCUCAAGCGCUCCAGACGUGCCAACAAGGGAUUUCUGGAAGAGAUGCUGAAGGGAAACCUGGAGAGAGAGUGCCUGGAGGAAACGUGCAAUUAUGAGGAGGCUUAUGAAGCCCUUGAGUCCACUGUUCAGACGGAGGCAUUUUGGUCAAAAUACCAAGUAUGUCAGGGCCUGAGAAAGUCCAGGACAGUUCUGGAUGCUUGUCUAGAAGGCAACUGCUCUCAUGAUCUGGGACAGAACUAUCACGGGACAAUCAGCUACACCAAAUCAGGGAUUGAAUGUCAAGUGUGGACAAGCAAAUACCCACACAUACCAAAAUUUAAUGCCACUGUUCAUAAAGACCUUACUGAGAACUACUGCAGGAACCCAGACAACAGCUCAGAUGGCCCCUGGUGCUACACCCGAGACCCAACAGUGGAACGGGAAGCUUGCCCCAUCCCAGUGUGUGGUGAAGAGAGAACAACAGUUGAAUUCACCCCACGGGAGACACCCCCACCCCCAGUGGAGCAAUGUGAAGAAGACAAAGGCAUGCUCUACACAGGGACACUCUCCAUCACUGUGUCUGGAGCCAGGUGCCUGCCAUGGGACUCUGAGAAAGCCAAAGAGGUGCUCUUUGGAAAACACCUUGACCCCCACGUGAAGCUGCUGGAGAAUUACUGUCGGAAUCCUGAUGGAGAUGAGGAGGGUGUCUGGUGUGUCACAGAUGAACCACCCAACUUUGGAUAUUGUGAUCUGACCUACUGUGCCAGCUCGCUGGAGGAUGGGAACGAACAGUCAGAGGGAAUAUCAGGACGUACUACCCUUCCACAAGAGUUCAAAACCUUCUUUGAUGACAAAACCUUUGGUUCAGGUGAAGCAGACUGUGGCACUCGUCCUUUAUUUGAGAAGAAAAAGGUAACAGACAAAAGUGAGAAGGAGCUGCUGGAGUCCUACAUAGGAGGCAGAAUUGUGCAUGGAGAUGAUGCAGAAGUUGGCAGUUCCCCCUGGCAGGUGAUGCUCUACAAAAAGAGUCCUCAAGAGCUGCUGUGUGGUGCCAGCCUCAUCAGUGACAGCUGGAUCUUGACUGCUGCUCAUUGCCUUUUUUAUCCACCCUGGGACAAGAACUUAACUACAAAUGACAUCCUGGUGCGGAUUGGCAAGCACGUAAGGGCAAAAUAUGAAAAGAAUAAAGAGAAAAUUGCUCUGUUGGAUAAAAUCAUCAUCCAUCCAAAGUACAAUUGGAAAGAGAACAUGGACCGAGACAUUGCAUUAAUGCACUUGAAGAGACCCAUCAUCUUCAGUGACUACAUCCACCCUGUCUGUCUGCCCACCAAAGAGAUGGUGCAGAGGCUGAUGCUGGCUGGUUACAAAGGGAGGGUUACUGGCUGGGGAAACUUGAAAGAAACAUGGGCCACCAGCCCAAGCAACCUUCCCACAGUUCUGCAACAGCUCAAUGUGCCCAUUGUAGACCAAGAAAUCUGCAAGGCAUCCACCAAAGUUAAAGUCACUGACAACAUGUUCUGUGCAGGUUACAGUCCUGAAGACUCCAAGAGAGGAGAUGCUUGUGAAGGGGACAGUGGGGGACCUUUUGUAAUGAAGAACCCAGAUGACAACCGUUGGUAUCAAGUGGGAGUGGUGUCAUGGGGAGAAGGUUGUGACAGAGAUGGCAAAUAUGGAUUUUAUACCCACGUAUUCCGCCUGAAAAAGUGGAUGCGAAAAGCCAUCGAGAAGCACGGGGGAUAAAGGAAAUAUUUACCUUGCUCUCAGUUUUGCUACAAUGCUCCACUUCCUAAAAAUAUAAGCAUAGAAGACCCUGAAGUCAAAGUUAUACCUUUACAACUCGAAGUGUUCUUCCUUGAAAAUAAAAAAGUUUUAAGACCCA